AUCAGAUAUUGGGUAGAUAGCGAUAAGCAUUUUUGAAGGUCUUUUAGGACAGUUUCUGACCAACGCAAUGGAAAUUACUCCAAACGGAACGACGACCGAAGGUGCGAUUGUCAUGACAACCGCAGAGAUGGACCACCCAUUGUCUGAUGAUCAGCAACUUGUGGCAGAUGGAGUUCACUCCCCUGAUGCUGGUCAAGAUGAAGGCAGUCAUGGUUUGGGAGCGGGCUUUGGAAAAAAAGGGUGCAAUCGUCCAACGGGAGGGUUGGCCAUCCUGAUUUCAGCUACGCUGGUGUUUUCAUUGGCCGUCACUGUUGCUCUCAUCAUACAGAUCUACGCUGGACCUUAUGUGGGUGAAUACGGGGGCGUGGCAGCUGAUGUCCCCCAGUGCUCUCAGCUGGGCGUCGACAUCCUGGCUAAGGGAGGAAGCGCCGUAGAUGCGGCCAUUGCAUCACUCUUCUGUGUCAGUGUCAUCAAUGCCCACAACUCUGGAAUUGGAGGCGGUGGUUUUAUGUUAAUCUACGAUCACAAAACAAAUACUCACCUAACCCGAGCAAUUGACUUCCGAGAGACCGCCCCGAGCUCCGCCUAUCCUGACAUGUUCAAAGAUGACAAAGACGGCAGCAGAAAGGGUCCUCGGUCAGUGGGUGUCCCCGGUCAGUUAAGAGGCAUGGAGAUGGCGCACAAUCUGUAUGGCAGGUUGCCGUGGAAGGACUUGGUGAUACCGUCUGUUGAGAUCGCACGGAAUGGAUUCAACGUGACAAAAAGAAAUAGGUUACAUAAGAUACAAACUACACGUAGAAAAAGAUUCUCUAAUGACCUUAUGCUCAUCGUGUUUGCUGAUAAUGUUUUGUUUUAUAUUUCAGUAUUGGCCCUCACAAAAGUCUCUAUCGAUGAUUUCAAAGGUCCACUUAGAGACAUCUAUGUCCGCAAUGGCCAGUUUGUUGGGCUUGGGGACCAGAUUGUCCAGCCAAAGCUGGAGCUAUAUGGUGAGGGCUCAAACCUGGCCAUGGACCGGGAAUUACUGGACUGCCAUAGUAUAACCACUUGCCUUUGCCCAGCUGACGGUAAUCCGUGCAGGGCACUCAUGUGGGCGUUUGCCCAGCUGACGAUAAGGGCAUUCUGGCCAUGCCAGCCCCCAGGGGGAGGCCCUACCCUAAUGAUGAUGCUCAACAUCAUGGAGGGCUUUAACUGGACAGCUGCAGACAAGAACAGCUCACUGAUGUACCACAGGAUGAUUGAGACAUUCCGAUUUGCUUAUGCACAACGCCCCCUGCUGGCAGAUCCAGACUUUUCUUCAAGUGUAGACAACUCUUCUAUGUACAUGAUUAUGAAAGAAACUGCUGCUGAAAUGCGGAAAAAAAUAAUGACCUACAAUGGAACCAAGCCACUUGAGUUUUACUUACCUCCAUCAUACAAGAAGUCCUCAGGGGGGACAACUCAUUUGUCAGCAGCUGAUUCCAAUGAGCUGUAUGUGUCUGUGACUGCGUCAACUAAUUACUGGUUCGGAGCGAGACUAAUGACAUCUACAGGGAUCCAGCUGAAUAACCACAUGGACGACUUUGAUACCCCAGGGGUGACCAACAAAAUGGGACUACCCCCUAACACCCUGAAUUUACCUAAGGCAGGUAAGCGUCCGCUGUCAGCCAUGACACCCACGGUGGUGUACACCAUUAAGAAGCCGUGUGCCCUAAGAAUGGCGGUGGGGGCAUCCAACGGAACCAGGAUUAUCUCAGGUGUGGCAGAGACUCUUGUUAACCUGCUGUCAUUUGGCAUGACCCUGGAGGAAGCCAUUUCUAGACCCCGAGUCCAUGACCAGCUUUUUGAGAAUGAGACAGACUAUGAAGAAGGCCUUCCUGAAGAAGUGGUGAAAUACCUCAGAGGUCAAGGUUACAAUCUGGUAAAAGUCACAGAGGGACUCAACUGUGUACAAGCCGUUAUGAAGAACAACGACACGACGGAUGCACAGUCAGACGGACGUAAGUGGGGCAGAGCAGCCGUCCUACAGAAUACACAGUGAUCACAUACAGCUAGGCUAUUUAAUCCACUCGUUACAUAGUCACAAAUUUAGUAACUUAAUAUCGGAAGUGAUUUUUUGAGGAUUUUAAUUCCCUUAUGUGGUGAAGUAUUAUUACGUUCAUUUCUUGUUCAUUACAUGUAUUUUUGUUCAGACCAGUUUAUGGUGAUAUCGAUGUUUAUGGUGAUAUCGAUGUUUAUGGUGAUAUUGAUGUUUAUGAUGAUAUCGAUGUUUAUGAUGAUAUCAAUGAUAUUGAUGUUUAUGAUGAUAUCGAUGUUUAUGAUGAUAUCGAUGUUUAUGAUGAUAUUGAUGUUUAUGAUGAUAUCGAUGUUUAUGACAAAGAUACUAAGUUCAAAAGAAGUGAGGUAUGAAUACAAUGUUAAUCAUUCCAGGAUAGCCAUUGCUAGUUUUGUGUUUCUGUAAUUUACAGCACAGAUUUGAGUACACAAAACUAAACCCCCUGUCGUAUGAGUACAC